CUUCUUCUUCUUCUUCUUCUUCUUCUUCUUCUUCUCCUCUCAUGGCGGCUUUCAAUUCCGUCGAGGUUAAGCACGUCCACGUCAUCACUCCGGCCGAACCCCCUCCACCGUGUCUCCUCCCCCUCUCCGCCAUUGAUUCCCAGCUCAUGCUUCGCUUCCCCAAUGAGUAUCUUCUCAUUUACACUCCCUCCCCUGCUUUAGAUCGCUCCACCAUUUCUUCUUCCUUUCGAGCCGCUUUGUCCCAAGUUUUGGUUUCCUACUUCCCUCUUUCCGGUCGGGUUCGGGAGAGGCCCGACGCCUCCGGUCUGGAGGUUGUUUCUCGCUCUCAGGGGGCGCUUUUUCUUGAGGCCGUUUCGGAUUGCUACUCGGCCGAGGACUUCGACCGCCCGCCUCCCUCUAUCGCCAAGUGGCGGGGGUUUUUGACGUUUCCUGAGGAGGAUGCGUUGGAUGGAUCUCCACCCUUGGUUGUUCAGCUGACGUGGCUUAAGGAUGGAGCGGCGGCGGUUGGGGUUGGGCUUAGUCAUUCUCUUUGCGAUGGAAUUGGUAGCGCCGAGUUUCUCAACUCCUUUGCGGAUUUCGCUGCCGGGAGACUCCGCGCCGCCUCUGAGUUGAAACCGCCUCCGGUUUGGGAUCGGCAUUUACUCAAUCCGCAACCCCAAUUUUGCCACCGUCGGUAUUCAUCUCCGCCGCCGGAGUUCCAGCGUGUACCCGAUCUCUGCCGGUUCAUGUCCCUGUUUACCGACGAACCGCUUGUUCCCACUGCUGUUACGUUCGGGAAAACGCAUAUCACGAGCCUGAAGUCGCUCGCUCACUCCACGCGCCGCCCCGGUGUACCGGCGUUAACGGCGUUUGAGGUUCUUGCUGCUCAUAUAUGGCGGAGCUGGGCUAGAUCCUUGAAGCUCCCUCCAAAUCAAACGCUGAAGCUUCUCUUUAGCAUUAAUGUACGGAAACGGAUCAAGCCGAAUCUCCCCUCUGGUUACUACGGCAACGCCUUUGUCCUCGGCUGCGCUCAGACCACCGCCGGCGAGCUGGCGGAGAAGAAGCUGGACCAUGCCGCCAGUUUAGUGAGGAAGGCGAAAGAGAGAGUCGGAGACGAGCACGUGAGACACGUGGCUGAGACAUUGAGCGAGUCGAGGGUGUGUCCAGACUUGAUCGGCGUUCUGAUACUUACCCAGUGGUCAAGGUUGGGGUUAGAGAAGGUUGACUUCGGAAUGGGCCGGCCGGUUCACGUAGGCCCGAUCUGCAGUGACCGGCACUGCUUUUUAUUGCCGGUUAACAAUCAGACGGACGCUGUAAAAACGAUGUUGGCGGUCCCCACGUCCGCCGUUGACAAGUAUGAAUCAAUGGUCAGAAACGUGGCCACGUGAACUCACUUGAUCUUGACACGUGGUUGAGUUGACUUGCAAAAAAAUGUCUCUUGUUUUUUUCCUUCUUUUUUGCGUUCUAAUAUUUUUAUUUAUUUAGUUUUUCUGUCCUUCGAUUGCACUUGCAAAAAUUGUCAACUAGUACUCAAUCGUCUCUAUGGAAUAUUCCUGUGUUUAUGAAUACACAAAAUGCACCAGAUCCCUUUAAUUCUCAUUUUA